AUGGACGCAAGAAAGCUUUACAAGUUUUUAUGCAAAGGGUAUGCUCUCGCGCCACCCUUCGUGAGCGUCAUAACCGUCUUCAUCAAUGCGCCAUUUGGACGUUUCACCCUUCCAAACGAUUCAUGGCUAAUUUUCGAUGGACUUAAAUCAUGGAUAAUAAUGGAAAUUGUCUGUCCAAUAACCUUCAUCAUAGGACUAAAACGGGCUCCUCUCGCGCAGGGAACGUCGACUCCUCCACUCAGUCUCAGUCUCGAAGACCCGCGUACUCUACUUUCACUUCUGUUCCUUAUUCACUAUGCAAAUCGAGCGUUGAUCUCGCCCUUACGCUCACCACCACGCUCGAAAAUGCAUAUUAUAGUCCCAAUGGCAGCAUUUUUCUUCCAAGUGAUAAAUGGCUCAUUAAUGGGGUCGUACUUCUCUUCUCCGGAGGCUUAUUCUUUCCUCAACGCGUCGAAUUCAAUGUCGAGGUCGGGUUCACCAGCUGCACUUGGAAGAAAAUCAUUCUGGAUUGGCGCAGGAAUAUGGAUUGUCGGCUGGGCAGGCAACAUCCUUCACGACGAAAUAUUAAUGAACAUACGCCGAGACGCUCUCAAAAAGAAAUCAGAUGGCGACAAAAAGUCCAAGCCCACCUCGACGAAACCACACUACGGUAUCCCACAAGGUUACCUCUACCGCUACAUCUCCUACCCCAACUAUUUCUGUGAAUGGGUCGAAUGGGCAGGAUUUGCUGUCGCCGCCGCACCAAUCCCGUCUUUAUCGUAUGAAGGAUUCACGACUGCCGCACCUCCGUGGCUGUUCUUCGUUUCUUUGGUGCUUUUGAUGGGUACGCGAGCGUAUAAGGGUCAUUUGUGGUACCUUGAGAAGUUCCCGGAGUAUCCGAAGGAGAGGAAAGCGAUGGUUCCGUUCAUCCUUUAAUGAAAGAGAACCUGUAGAUACUGUCUUCUUGGUAGGACACUGCUCAUGUUCUUGUCUUGCUGUCUUGAUGCCAUGAGGUCUUGUUGAAUAAAAAUCGAG